AUGAAGAGUUCAAUGUUUUCACUGCUUGGGGACUCGGCACAUAACCAGGCGAUGGUACACUGGAGCGGACACAACAACAGCGUGAUCCUGAUUCUCACAAAACUCUUUGACUUCAAUCUGGGAACAGUGACAGACAGCUCUCUCUGGAGGUCCGUGGAUUUAGGCAGCAGCUACGAGAAGCUCAACAAACGUAUGGACCCCGGUCUAGUCCUGAGCUACCUGUAUGUUUGCCCAUCUAAUAAGAAAAAGUUGCUGCUGGUGGUGGACCCAGAUGUGGAGCGCCUCCUGGUGGUGAGUGAUGAUGAGGGCACUUCCUUCCACAGCCGACCAAUCAGCUUCUCCCUGCUGAGCCUCCUCUUCCACCCCACACAUGAUGACUGGAUACUGGCAUACUGCCAGGAGCAGAGGUUGUUCUUCUCAAAGGAUUUUGGAAGAAGCUGGAAGUUUGUCCAUGAGUUCGUGUCUCCAGGGCGCUUCUACUGGUCUGUAAGCGGACUGGAUGAAGAUCCUUCCCUCCUGCAUCUGGAGGCUCAAGAUACUAGUGGAUUGUUGAGGUAUAUGACGUGUCUCGCAGGCAGCUGUGAUGACAGCAGGGUGUUCCCCUUCUCUGGCCGAGUGGACGCCGGAUCACUGGUGGUGCAAGAUGACUACGUGUUUGUACAGGUGACCACAGUUGGACCUACAAAAUACUUUGUGUCAUAUCGAAGACAGCCUUUCCAGACCAUUCAACUCCCCAAGUACUGCCUCCCAAAGGACAUGCAUCUGAUCAGCACAGAGCUGCAUGUGUUGGCGGGAGUGCAGCAGUGGGACGAGAGGGAUACCUACAGCCUUUACAUCUCCGACCAGCAGGGGGAGUACUACAGUGCCGCCCUCACACACGUACGCACCACGCGCUCACUAGCCGGGGCACUCAACAUGGACGUAUACAAGGUAAAUGGCAUCAGUGGCGUGCUAUUGGCUAACCGGGUGGAAGAGGGCCGCGUGAGGACAUUCAUAAGCUUCAGUCUCGGCCAGUCAUGGCGUCCGCUCACACCACCAUCCAAUGAGCUUCAAUGCAACUCGGCCUCCUGCUCUCUCCACCUGCAUCUGCGGAUGUCUGAGAGCCCCUACUCUCCAGACAGCAUCAUCAGCUCCCAGCAUGCACCAGGCCUCAUCAUAGCCACAGGAACUGUGGGCUCAGAACUGACCAAUCAAAACCCCAGGACCUUCCUCUCCUCUGAUGCAGGAAACACCUGGCGACAAGUAUUUGACAGCGAGCGGCGUGUUUGGUUUCUGGAUGAGGGCGGGACUUUACUGGCUGUCCCUCAAGCUGGAAUUCCCAGUAGCCAGUUAUGGGUGAGCAGUGAUGAGGGGCAGACAUGGCUGCCGUUCCGCUUCUCUGAGUCGCCACUUUACAUUGACGGAGUGCUGAUGGAACAGGAUACACACCACCACAUCAUCACCAUCUUUGGCCACCUGGGCGCCCAUUCUGAUUGGCAGCUGAUAAAGGUGGACUACAACAGCCUCCUCAACACACCCUGCAGAGACAAAGACUACGAGAAGUGGACACUACGCAACCAGGGAGAGGCGUGUGUGAUGGGUCGUACACACAACUUCCGAAAGCGGCGGCCAGGGCACAGGUGCAUCGUGGGAGAUCAACUCAAACUGCCAGCCAACAGCUGCAAAUGCACGCCAUACGACUAUGAGUGGAAGGUGCUGACCAAUGGCUGCCUAGAGUCGUCUUCGGAGGCCUUCAGGCCCACAAUGCAUCAGUGCGGUGGGCGGCCGACAGUGCGGAUCAGCACAGCGGACAACAAGCUGAUGGCCAGCACACACACCAACAUCACCUUCCUCAUACACACAGAAGAGAUGACUUCAGGGAUGGAUGUGCGUCUAGAUGUCGGUGCGGUGGAGCAGGUGAUCUUGUCUGCAGCCCCUGUCGUGUUGCUAGGGCAACGUACCAACCUGACAGCCAGAGUUCUGCCCACCGCACCCAGAACAGCCGUCUACUACUGGUGGCUAGACAACAGCACCGAGCCAGUGGUUACCCUUGACCCCUGGCUGGUGACCAGUUUUGGGCGUGUGGGCGGAGUCACGGUGAGCCUUCAGGUGGCAGCAGGAGGAGGAGUCAACCAGGACACACACACUAUCAGAGUCACAGAGGUGUUCCGCUCGCUGCAGCUGUCCUUCUCGGCUAAUCUGGAGCUCCAUAACCCCGCCAUCCCGGAGUGGAGAGACGACCUCGCUAGAGUUGUCACGGAAACCAUCUCCCAGGUUAUCAGCGUGCCGUCUGAGCAGCUGCUGGUGUGUGUGUACGCCGGCUCCCCCACUGCUGCUGAAGUCUUCAUGCUGCCGCCGCCGAGCCUACCUGGUCUGCAGGUGCAGUCCGAGGAGGAGCCCCAGCAGAAGGGAGAGCAGGGGGAGAAGGUGAUGGACGUUGCCUGCCUACAGUUCCCCAACUGCGGCUCCAGCUCCAGCCCCACCGCGGGGAUCGAGACCGAGACCGAGACCGAGGCCAGGCCUGACUACCAACCUCAUCCUCAUCCUGAGCCUCACCCUCUCCCCAUCGCCAGAACCACUCAUUCUAGUGGACCUGACCAGAACCCACACUGCAGGCCUGACCAUAACCUUCUACUCAACUCUCGAUCCGAUCCCAACCCUCACUCUAAGUCUGAACGUAACUCUCAUUCUAAACCUGAUCCCAACCCGCACUCUAGUCCUGACCCUAAUCCACACUGUAAACCUGAGCAUAACCCACACUCCGGAUCUGACGCCAAUGCUCAGUCUAGACCUGAAGCCGACCCACACUGCAGCAGCUCCACUCUGCCCCCCAGGAUCAGGGUCAGCUGCAGCCAGGCCUCAGCUUCCAGCGGCGCCCGCCUGCCGUCUCUCCCCAGAGCCUCGCACGGGUGUCACGGCUACUCGCGUCUGGAGCGUCAGAACCGCUGCAAGCUGGCCGCACUGCUGAGACUCAUGCAGCUUAAAGGGGCGGAUCAGAUCCUGACUCUUCCUCUGGGACUCUCCUACUCUGAAGCUACUGCAGCCAGCCUGGUGUCUUCCAUGAAGUGUGGCCUGCUGCCGCUAUCCCAUGCUGCCUUGCUGCUGGGGGAGGCGGCUUAUUGCAGCCUGACAGGAAGUGAUGUGGAGGAAGAGGAGGAGCUACAGAGGAGCAUGGCACUCAUGGCUAAGGUCUGCUAA